AUGGCGACAGUAUAUUCCACUACUGUCGUAACAUUGCUCACUGUGCUCGUAGUGUUUUCCAACUUUGAAUCAGAAAUCAGUGCUUUAAAGGUCCAGCUAAUACCCAUCGGUACAAAAAUCGAGUCAAAUUGUUAUGGCAAGCACAUUAACAUAUCGUGCACAUUACGACCGGGACUUUCCGUAGCAAAUCAAACGUUCAACUGUGAUAUUGAAUUGUUUCGCGAAAUCAAAGAAAUGAAGCUAGUAGUCAGCUACUACACCAUCACAAUGAAUCGGAUCCUUCCAGCUGCGCUGGUGAAACGAUCGCUUGAUGUGUGUUUUUUCCUACGCAAUCCCAAAUCCGAUCGGCUGGUAAGCACGGUUUACAACUACGUACGGAAGCACAGCAAUGUACCACUUCGAUGUCCGAUGCUUACCGGUAAUUACUAUGUGCGAGAUCUACGGCUCGACGAUGUUCCGGUACCGGCCUUCCUGCCCGAAACUGAGUUCAUGCUGGAGGUAAUCUUUCGCUCGGAGGUAAAGCAUGAAACGUUGCUGGAGUUUAUGUUUUAUGGGAAAUUGGUGCGAUUUAUUGAAAUGAAAUAA